CCUUUGUAUGCAAUGUAAUACAAACUAGAACAACACAGUGAGUUUCCAUUGUAUAUUACAGUGUCAACGAUAGGAUAUCAUGGAUAGGCUUUCAUCGAUGCUUGUUACAAAGCUAUCGAAGAUAAAGUACCGAUAAAGAUGGUUUCAAGUUCCGAGACUAUGGCAAGGCGCGAUACACAGCCAGUACUCUGUGACGCGUUGGCGAGACCGACCGCGAAUACUCGAACCGCGCCAUUCGACAAAACGUUUUAAAUAUUUCGUGUCUCCAAUCUGUAUACAAAUAAAAAUAAUCUGACUGUUUGUUCUGAUAUAAAGUGUUUGUUAACAAAUACGAUUGAGAAACACACGAUAUGAGAAAACCGUUAAAUAGAAUUAUAAGAAGAUUUGUUGUGGUCGGAGGGAAUAGAAACGGCACGUGUCGCUCAAGUGAUGAAUGAGUGGUUUAUCCGUCACAAUGCUUGCGGAGAAUGACACUCAUAGUUACGCAGGUUCAAACAGUUCUUUUAACUUUUUCUUCGAAGAUCCACGGUUUAUAUCAAUACUGAAACAUCGGGGGCAGAACCACACGAACAAUAUCGGCGAUGUUAUUAAAGUUCUGGAAGACUGGCGGAGUAGAUACAACAUUUCUGUUGUAAAGGAAUGUGAGAAGUCGGAAUAUUGCUCCGGGGAAUUUCGAGAUCUGAUCCUCGCUUACAAUAGCAUCCAUGGAUACGUUAGUUUAUUGGUCUGUCUCUUCGGUAGUUUAGCGAACGCAUUGAACGUAGCGGUGUUGACGCGUCGAGAUCUAGCAGUAACCCCCAUAAAUCGGCUACUGAAGUGGCUGGCGGUGGCUGAUGUCUUCGUCAUGCUGGAGUACGUGCCCUUUGCGAUCUACAGGUACCUGUUAUUCCCCGAUCAAGAGGAGCGUCCAUACUCCUGGGCUGUAUACAUGCUGUUCCACAGUCACUUCACUCAGAUCCUGCACACCGCGUCCAUAUUGCUCACGUUAUCUCUAGCUGUCUGGCGAUAUAUUGCUAUCAAGUACCCUACAUACAGUCCGUCGCUAUGCACGGACCGGAGAUGUACGCUUGCCAUAUUGCUCAGUUUUAUCCUGCCGCCCAUACUCUGCAUACCUUCGUAUUUUGUAUUCACAAUACACAAAGACUUUGCAUUCGACAAGAGCGGGAACAUGCUGACUAAAGUAUACUUCGUCGAUUCAAACUACAACGGCAGCCUGUACCAAAUAAACUUUUGGGUGCACGCAGUACUUAUAAAGUUGUUACCGUGCGUUAUUCUAACAGUGAUCAGCGCAUGGCUGAUCAGGGCGUUGUACAGAGCUAAUAGUAGGAAAAAAGCGCUCAAGGGCUAUAGUGCCUGUCCAGCCACAACGGUUGUCAAUGGCAACGGGAACGUCUUCACCAGAAAGUCCACCAAAAGGUCCAAAGCAGAGAGGAGAACUGAUAGGACAACGAAGAUGCUGGUCGCUGUAUUACUGCUCUUCUUACUGACAGAGUUUCCUCAAGGAAUAUUAGGUCUACUAAGCGGAGUUCUUGGACGGUGCUUCUUCAAGCAGUGCUACGACCUCUUUGGAGAGCUGAUGGAUGCACUGGCACUCCUCAAUGGAGCUAUAAACUUCGUGCUGUACUGCUCCAUGUCAAGGCAGUUUAGAACGACGUUUGGACAAAUGAUCCGGAAUCGAUGUGCGCCCACACAGAGGGCGAACUCACAUACGGAAUUACAGACUACAUAUGUUUAAGUGUGUGUGAAAAUCAGUGAACAGUGAAUUCACAGUGUCGUUUAGUCUUUUCAUUCUACAGACAAUAUUUGACUUUAUUGUUUCGUGAUAAAGUCGAUAAUGAAAAUGACAGUUUCUGGUAGUUGUGGCUGUUUGUGCGACGAUUAGUUUUAUUAAGGUGUAUUAUAGAAAGAGAAGAUUUUUAAGGAAGUGUAUAACAAAGUAUCGAUUGAACAAGAAAGUUUUGUAUGUGUUUUGAAGUGUUUGAUAGAUUUAGAGUACAGAGUUUAUAAAUAUGUGGAAUUUGAAGUCGUUUUGGGAGUAGACACAUGGAUUUUAAUCAGUAAUGGAGAUAACAGCUGCUCAAGGUCUAUCGGAAGAUUUACUAGGUAAAACCUAUCUAUAAGUAUGAUAGUGUCUGAACAUAUAGCUUUGGUUAUAACAUAAGAAAUGCCACCAGACUUAAUCAGAUAAGUACCUAACUCUAUGUUAUAU